UGAUUUUAGUCAUCUGUUGUCAUCAAUAAGAAUGAAGUGGUUACUUGCGUACGUUUUAUUGAACCAUUGGUUUGUGUUCAGCCAAACCGAGCGAAUUUUAGUGCUGGCACCUGUCUGUUCCAAAAGCCACAAGAUAUCUUUCAUGCCAAUUGUAGAAGCACUAGCCGAAAAGGGUCAUCAAGUCACGGUUGUCACGCCAUUUUCGCCUGAAAAUCAAAAACCAAACGUUAAAGAAAUAGUUCUUAAAAAAAAUGCUUUAAUGGAAAUUGACACUGAUUGGUUCGAAAUUCAGAAACAAAAUAUUUUAAAGGUGUUUACAUGGACAAUAACCGUAUUUCGAACGACGAUGAAGGACGGUUACGACAUACUAAUGAGCAACGAGGAAUUUCAGGAAGUUCUUCGCUCUCGUGACGUAGAUCUCGUCAUUGUCGACGCAAUUCUGAAUGAUUUUGUCUUACCGAUUAUUGACCAUAUUAACGUACCAUUCAUAUUCUAUUGCCCGGCUUCUGGUGUACCUUGGGUAAUGGAUAUGCUCAAUGUCCCUCAAGAGUAUGCUUCCGUUCCGGUUGGGAUGGGAGACUAUGGCAGCCAAAUGACGUUCAUGCAGCGGAUGGGAAACUUUUUGUCAACUGAAUUAUUCUUUUUGGUUCGUAAAGCGUUUUGGUUAAACAUGUUGAAGGAUGUUACCAAUAAGGAUUUUCCCAAUUCGCGAUCCAUAAGUGAAAUUGAGCGCGAUUCUCAACUUUGCAUCAUCAACAGCCAUCCAGCAACAGCUUGGGCAAGGCCGCUUCCUCAAAAUGUAAUUCCUAUUCCAGCUUUGCAUACAAGACCACCUAAAUCCCUUCCACAAGCACUACGAACUUUGGCUGAUGAGGCGGACCAGGGAUUCAUCGUCUUCACACUGGGAUCUGCCAUUCCAGUAUCUUCGAUGCCGGAGAAGAUGGUCAAAAUAUUUAUUCAAGUUUUCAGUCGGAUUCCACAGCAAGUCUUUUGGAAAUGGGAAAGGUCCAGUGUUUUAAUGGAAAAACUACCGGCUAACGUCAAGAUCCUGGAAUGGCUGCCACAGCAGGAUCUUUUGGGUCACCAUAAUGCCCGCCUCUUCAUUUCUCACGGCGGUCUUAUUGGAAUCCAGGAAACAGUGUAUCACGGUGUGCCGUUGCUGGGACUUCCAUUUGGCAAUGACCAGCGUGGAAACCUGGCCAAGGCUAGCGAAGAGGGAUACGGUCUUAAACUAGGUUGGGAUGAUCUCACGGAAGAGCUGCUGUACGAUACCAUUCAAUCACUAUUACACAAUGCGAGCUACAAGGAAAAUGCAACCCGUCUUUCAAAGAUAAUGCAACACCAACUAAUGCCGGGUCGCGAGAUCGGGGUUUACUGGGUGGAGCACGUCUUGCGCCACGGCGGAAAGCAUCUGCAUUCUGUAUCGAAAAAUUUGCCUUUCUAUCAACAUCACCUCCUUGACGUCUGGCUAUUUCUGAUUUUUACGUCCGUGACAACUUUCUUUGGUAUUUUCAAGCUUACGACCUGUUUGGCUAGAAAAAUUGUUAAGUUCCGUAAAGAGAAAACUCAAUGAGAUAUCCGGGUUGCCUCUGACUGAGAUGCGACUGAGGCGUUGGAUACGGAUUCUUCAGCUAAACCUCAAACAGCAAAUAGAUUACUUGUUAAACACUUCAAAGAAAAGCUAAUCAUACCUGUAAAACAAAAACUAACUAAUAGAUGAUUCUUGGAACUGUUCAA